AAGCUGUUUUGAUUACACUUCGUUGCGUGUGCUCGGGAAACAGUUGUGUUGCAGUGUUUUCACGAAUUUUUAUGCGUUUAGUAUCGUUUUUAAGGCAAGAGUGAUACUUACGCGGUCGUGCGAUGGAUCAAUACCCUACGGAGGAAGACGAGUUUGAGCUGGUGUACGGAGAUGAUCUCGAAGCGAUGGAUGAUAUGGACGAUGAUCCACCACCGGGAACGCGCAACGAUCCAUCUGUACCUGGUACACCCUCAAAUGGGCACGCUGGCGAUGGUCGACGCGCUUCAACUUCCUGCUCGAACUAUCGAACACCGAGCCAGUUAGGUACGAUCGAGGAAAGCCCACUCGCUAGUCCUGCAUUGUCCAUUAUCACCCGUGGCAGCAGUACCGUUCAUAAACGACUGUUCGAUACACCUGGUCCGUCGUCCCAAACGGGCACUAACGGGGCGCGUAAAUAUGGUCUUGCUGCAUCAACACCCUUCCCCGGAUCAACUGCACCCGCGAAUGCACUGCAAACCUUGCAACAGAUGGACGCUAAUCCGCGCAAACGUCGACUCGAGGCACUGUUCGGCGAUAUACAAGACAUCGAAGAGGAACCGUACGAGGAGCAAUACGUGUAUUCUUCACAGAAAAAGACAAAAACCGAAGAGGAGCAGGAUAUGGAGCUGAUUGAACGGAUACUGGAAGCACGACACCGGUACAAUGCGGUGGCAAAUCCGUCCAAACCGUCAAUGCUUUCGCGGGCCGAAGCGUUACAUCGGUUCAAGAUGGAUAACAUUUCACUCGAACCACCGAAAUGGCCAUCAAUGACAGUUAUGAGGGAGGACAAAACGUGCGUGUACGUUCGGUUUCAUUCGGAGGAAUUUGAGAAGAAGCAGAUCGAUGAGAUCAAUUGUGCGAACAACGGUUUUAAUGGUUUGCUUGGACCAGAAAAGGAACGGAUCUGGCGUGAAGCGAAUGAGAUUGUCUCUAAACGAUUGACGGAACCGACCAAUGCUCUUCCCUCACAAACACCAGAUAUUGACGAAAUCGUUAUACCAACCGAAAGCAAUGUGCUCUGGGUAGAAAAGUAUCGUCCCCGGCGAUACAUUGAUCUGCUUUCCGACGAAACCACAAACCGAAGCCUCCUUCAGUGGCUUAAGCUCUGGGAUAAGGUGGUCUUUAACCGGGAGCCUGUAAAAAAGGCAAAAGACACCAAAACACAGCUAAGCAAUUUCAACAAAAAAACGGGUCGGUUCGAAUCGAACGGUGGAUGGGUGAAGGGAGCCCGUAAGGUUCGGUCCACCCUCAACACGGAGCUGGAUGAACACGGUUGUCCAGUUCAGAAGGUGGCCCUACUGUGUGGUCCUCCUGGAUUGGGUAAAACUACACUAGCGCACACAAUCGCCCGUCAUGCCGGUUACGCCAUAAGGGAGGUAAAUGCGUCUGACGAUCGUAGUCCGGACGCAUUCCGUUUGGUGCUGGAAAACGGAACACAGAUGAAAUCGGUACUGAACGAGGAAAAUCGACCGAACUGUAUCGUCCUCGAUGAAAUUGAUGGUGCCCCGAUAGCGGCUAUCGAAUUUUUGCUGCGAUUUAUCGCGGGCAGUGCUGGUGGUCCCCAGAAAGCCGGUGGUCCGAAGAAAGCGGGUAAGGCUGGUCGGGAUAAGUUUGUGCUGAAACGGCCAAUCAUCUGCAUUUGCAACGAUAUGUAUGCACCGGCAUUGCGGCAGUUGCGACAGGUCGCAUAUGUGGUGAACUUCCCACCAACGGAAUGUGCUCGACUAGCGGAACGGCUACUCGUGAUCGCGAAGAAGGAACAGAUAACAACGGAUCUUACCUCGAUGCUGGCACUGGCAGAAAAGACCGGAAACGAUGUACGGGCCUGCCUGUCGAUGUUGCAGUUCUUUGCUUGCAUGAAAAAACCGAUCCGACUGACGGACGUGCUCAAGUGUAACGUUGGCCAAAAGGAUCGCCACAAAGGACUCUUCAGCAUAUGGUCAUCAAUAUUCCAGAUAACACGUCCAAAGAAAACGAUUACCUUUGACCCGAACGCUACCGUUCAGGAAAUGGUUACGCUGACCGAUAUGUCCGCCGCGACGCGUAUGUCCAACGUGCUCCAGGUGGUCACAAUGGCCGGUGACUAUGAGCGCUUAAUGCAGGGUGUGUAUGAAAACUAUCUGCAUCAAAAAAUGCCCGACGCGGACAUGUGCGGUGUGGCGGAGGCAACGGAAUGGUUUAGCUUCAACGAUCGGUUACAGCGCACCUUAAACCAGCUGCAAAACUACGCCAUCUAUCCGUAUCUCGCCUACGCGUUCGUCAUGUGGCACUACCUGUUUGCAACGCUCGCCUGGCCAAAAAUCAAUUUUCCCAGCAAGGGCUACGAGCACUCGCAAAAAUUGGCCAGUACAAAGCUGAUACUAACCGGACUGCGGAAAGGAUUGUCCGCCCAUCUGAAGGGCAUCGGCGAGGGUGCAGCAGUCCUAAUCGAUACGAUACCGAUGCUGAAGCGUGUCAUCAAUCCGUCGCUGCGAUCGGUUUCCCUGCAGCUUCUAUCCCAGAAAGAAAAAUCUGACCUCACACACACGGUGGAAGUGAUGGCAGAUUUUGGGCUGAACUACAUCCAGCUGAAAACGCCCGAAGGAACGUACCAGUACCAGCUGAACCCGGAUCUUGAUCAGUUGUGCAGCUUCAGCGGAACCGCCGGUCAAAGCUCCACCUACUUCGGCAAGCAGAUCGUAGCACGCGAGGUUGAGCUGGAACAAAUGCGUCGAGCACAGCCGAAACUGUUGGAAGCGGGGCAGAAGGGUCACAGCUCCAGCACGAAAGUUAGCUCCGGCAAAGCUUUAUCGAACGGUGGACACAAAGAGAACACAGUGCCGAAGGAGACGAACGCCGGGAAGGGACGGCCGGAUGGCGCGAAGUCAUCGCCCGAGCUGCCAAAUCAUCUGCGCACACUGAAACCGAAGCAAAUUGUGCAGAAAACGAAGCAAGUGGUUUCGAAGGACUUUUUCGGACGGCUCUGCACGAAGGAAACGGUACUGUCGGUGAAGGAGGGUGGAACUGAUGCGAUUGUCAAAAGCCCAAUUUGGUACCGGUACAAAGAAGGAUACAACAACGCAGUACGAAAGGAUGUAACUCUGCAAGAUCUUAUGUGAAGUGAAAAAAAGAAGAAUAAUUUAAUAAAACAGUUUUUAUAAAUUA